AACCCGACCUGUUUAGAAGGGGGGGAGUAGAAAGACUUGUAUGGCAGACUGUACCGAGAUCUCAUGCACCCAAGGAGGAUAAGUGUGACGGAUUCUUGGUGACAGAAAUGGCAACAGAGAUUGCUACUCUGUAUUGAUGUCUUCUCAUCCAGGCGAAUUCUGUACAAACUAGGAAGUAGCAAUGGCAGAGGACCAAAAAAGAAGGACACUGGUUCUGCAGGGUGACAAAAGCACAUGGGUUACACCGUCAUGCCUCCCGGAGCUUCUGCAGCUGAAAUCUCUAUAUCCCUUGGCUCCUCUGGUGGUUGGGAACACCUUAAUUGGACCUCAGAUAGAAAUGGUUGGAUCAUUCUAUCCUGUGAUCAUCUCCCCAGCAAGAGUUCCAGAGCUGAGUAUCGUGAAUUAUGCCGCUAAAGGAAUAACUAUUGGAGCAGCUUGCAGCUUGACCCUGGUAAAGUCCAUAAUCUCAGAAGCUGUAUCUCAGUUACCAGAGGACAAAAACAAGAUUUUCCGAGUUCUUCUACAGCAGCUUAAUAGGGAGCAGAUGAGAAACGAAGCAUCGAUUGGUGGAAGUAUUUUAAGUGGAAGUGCAGCUUGGGAACUGAACCCCAUUUUGGCUGCUGGAAACUGCACAUUUAAUCUAGCAUCAAAAGACAGACGACGCCAGGUUACUCUAAGGCAGCUGCUGUUUGACGAGAAUGGGAUGGGGGGUCUGAGCCCUGAAGAGAUAUUAAUUUCCAUCAAUGUGCCAUUCUCCAGGAAGUCGGAGUUUGUGUCAGCCUUCAGACAGGUUCAGAGAUGGGGAACUUCAGGUCCUUCCAUAGUUGCUGCAAUGAAGGCUGUGUUGAAAGAGGGAACUGAUCUCAUACUGGCCUUUAGCAUUUAUUAUGGAGGCUCUGAAUCCGCCUGUGUAUUUGCAAAGACUGCAAGCGAGCAGCUCGCUGGGAGGCGCUGGGAUGAUGCAAUGCUGGAUGAAGCUUGCAGAUUAUUUCUAGAAGAGGAUUCUGUUCUAGAUCUGGCUACUGCUGGCAUGGCCGAUUAUGAAAAAACUCUAGCAAUAAGCUUCCUCUUCAAAUUCUACCUUCAGGUUGCACAAGAAUUAAAGCAAACUGUGAACUUUCUCCAGAAUUCCACUCCUGAGAAUCAAAAUACAAAAUAUUAUGCACAAAACAACAAGUCAUUGAAAGACCAAACACAGAUGAUUCCAAAUGGUUUUCACAUGAGCCAAGAUGAAGUUCGGAGUCAUCUACAUGAAAGCAUGAAUGGACAUGGAACAGUGCAACAGUCUCGUGUGUUGCAAACCAUUGAGGAAGAGGAAAUUGAAGAUGGAGAUGAUGACACACCCAUGGAAGGAGAAUUAUUUCUGGCCCUAGUGACUAGCAAUAGACAUCAUGCAAAAAUAAUGUCCAUACAUAAAGAGGAUGCAUUGAAAGCACGAGGAGUAGUUGAUGUAAUAACAGCUGCUGAUGUUCCUGGGAUAAAUGACAUAAACAUGUUUGCCAAUGACAAGGUUCAAUACGUUGGGCAAGUGAUAUGUGCUGUAGUAGCUGACACACAGACUCAUGCCGAUCAAGGAGCAUCAAGAAUAAGGAUAUGUUAUGAAGAUCUGGAACCUGUCCUACUUUCCAUUCAGGAUGCCAUUAAGAAUGAUUCGUUUUUUGAGCCAGUGAGAACAUUGGAACAUGGAAAUGUGGAUGAGGCUUUCAAAAGUGUGGAUCAUAUUUUAGAAGGUGAGGAGUAUAUUGGGGGUUCCGAUGACCAUCGCAUAGGAUCUCAAACCCUUCGUGUCAUACCAAGAGGAGAAGAUAAUGAAAUGGAGGUCAUUCUCUCUACACGGGAUCCUUUGUCUGUACAGGCCACAGUGGCAUCUGCUAUAAAUGUCCCAUCUGAUUUCGUUAUGUGCAACAUGGAAUGCGGAGAUAGUUCAGAGGUGGAGAAUCCUUAUACAGCAUCUCUGGCUGCAAUCGGUGCAGUAGCGGCACUCAAGACUGGUCAUUUAGUGCACUCAGUACUUAAACAAAGAGAGGAUUCAUCAAUGUCAAAGCACCUGCCUAGAUUCCUUGGAAAAUAUAAGGUGGGGUGUAUGAAUGACGGAAGGAUUUUAGCACUUGAUGUAACUUACUACUGCAAUGCUGGGUGUAUUUCAGAUCAUUCUCUCAAAGUACUCGCAAUGUCUUUGCUGAGCUCCCAAAAUGCUUAUAGCAUUCCCAAUGCUAGGUGCAGAGUAACAGCUUGCAGAACAAAUCUACCACCCAAAAUACUAAGCCAUGGGUACUGCUUCCCCCUAUCGGGGAUGUUAGCAGAGUUGUGGGUUGACGCAGUAGCAGGCCGGUGUGGUUUAUCUCCAGAAAAGGUACGACACAUGCAUUUGCACAAACAAACAAGCCAGACAUCCUUUAAACCACAUAUUAAUGCUACGAAUUUGCUAAAAUGUUGGGAUGAGUGUGUGAAGAAGUCUUCAUUACCUGCGAGAACCACAGAGGCUAAAGAAAGUAACCAAGUUUGCCCAUGGCUGAAGAAAGGCUUCUCCGUUAUCCCUGUGAUGUUCCCAGUUGGUUUUAUUGCAGACUUCCUUAAUCAGGCAUACGUUCUGGUUCAUAUUUAUAAAGAUGGCUGGGUGCUCAUAACUCCUGCUGGGAAUGAAUUAGGAGAAGAAACAAGAACAAAAAUGAUGCAGGUUGCUAGUCAAGAAUUACGGAUUCCUUUAUCUUACAUACAAAUCAGCGAGACCAGUACAACAAUUGCAUCAGAUACUUCUGUUACAGCAACAUCAUUUGGCGCAACAGCCCAUGCGUUGGCAGUACAGAAUGCUUGUCAGAUCCUGCUUCAUCGCCUACAAGCAAUAAUCAACUUGAAUCCUGACGCCACCUGGAGAGACUGUGUCCAAGAUGCUUACCGGCACAGAGUUUGUCUUUCAGCAACUGGCUACUACAGGAGUCCUGAUGCAGUCCUAGACUGGGACCUAGACAAAGGCAUUGAGAGCCCAGAAUUUGUAUUUGGAACGGCAUGUUCAGAAGUGGAGUUAAAUUGUCGAACAGGAGAACAUAAGAAUGUGAGAACAGAUAUUGUUCUAGACGUGGGUUCUAAUAUCAGUCAGACUGUGAACACUGAACAGAUUAAGGAAGCCUUCCGUGAAGGGCUGGAACUUUUUACAAGAGAAGAUUUUAAAUACUUUUUCCAAGAAUCAAAUAAUGGUAUACAGUCAAGCCAAACAGAGAGCGAAAAGUCUGAUAAUACACCGGAGAUAUUCAAUGUAACUUUGCUACCUUCCAGUCCAAAUCCUUACAUGAUCUGCUCACCCAAAGCUGUUCAAGAAGUAUCCAUGUUCCUUGCUUCUUCAGUGUUUUUUGCUAUAAAAGAUGCCAUUCUUGCAGCUCGACAUCACACUGGUCUACCUGGUAGCAUAUUGCUGCCGGUUCCAGUCCGGCCUCAGCAUGUACUGAUAGCUUGUGGCAGUUACAUGACAGAAACUGCACGACCUGCAACUCCAAAGGAGGACUCUGUGGACAAUCAUAUUUCGGAAGCUUGAUACUCCAGUGGAAUGUUCAUUGUAUACGGACCAUAACUGCUGCCUGUUGCCAUUGAAACUCACAGAAUGGGCACUUUUGUUUGAAAUUACAGGGUGGCAGACCCACGAGUGAAAAUUCUACUUCAUAGAAAGGUGAUGGAUUUAUGGAAUUACCUACCCUGCUAAGAUGCUGAAACCAAUAAAGUAAAUAAAUUAUUGUCGAUCUUGA